UAUUGGUUAGAAAUCCUGAAAAGGCGGGAGACAAACUAUUUGGUGUUGGUGUUACUUGGAUUCAUGUCCAUGUCAACUGAUUAUCCAAAACCAAAAUGUAAAUAGUCAUUUACAGCGACAAUGGCAAUCGCAGCACUUGAUAAAAGUACAAUAAAACAGAUAACGAGCACACAAGUGAUAACAUCUGUUUACAGUGUUGUUAAAGAACUUGUUGAGAAUGCUCUCGAUGGGGGUGCGAAUAGCGUUGAUAUUUAUUUGGAAGACAAAGGUCUGGCGUUUAUCGAAGUUAAGGACAAUGGGAAAGGAAUUACAAAAACAGACUCUGCUUACAUGGGUCUGCCUUCCUACACCUCAAAAAUAUCUGACAUGAGUGAUCUAGAGUCUUUACAGACCUAUGGCUUCAGAGGCGAAGCUCUCAAUUCCCUCUGCAAGGUAUCAGAUGUUAAGGUAAUCACGAGAACCCAUGAGGAUGAUCAUGCACGAUGCUACACACUUUCUCAUGAAGGGAGAAUUGAUAAGGCUGAAUUUUGUAAUCGGGCUACUGGAACAACUGUUCAAGCUAGAUCUCUCUUCAAGAGCGUUCCAGUUCGUCGACAAAUCAUGAGCAACAAGGGGCAUGCGAACGAAAGCGUCAAAUCAAUUGAGAAUCUUCUCCGAGAUUUCGGAAUUUGUCGGCCAGCGCUACGGAUUAGUUACCGAGUGGAUGAUAUAACAUUUUUUACGAAAAUCCCUGCAGAUACUGAAGAGCACAAUAUCGUCAAUAUUUUCGGGAAGAAAUUCGUAUCUCAGUAUGAGACACUCAAUUUCAAUGAUUCUGAUCUGGACGUUAGACUGAUGGUCCCCAAAAAAGAUCUGACGGAUCUGUCAAGCAUCAGUCAAGUUCACUAUCAGCACAUUUUCGUCAAUGGCAGGCCUGUGAUACUUAAAGAAUUGGAAAAGCUGAUUCUCAAGACCUUCUCCGCUCAUUUUGUUGAUAAGAUGUCCUCCCGAAAAAAGCCAGUGUUCUUCCUGACCCUGACUGUUCCUCCAUCGACAGUAGACGUCAACUUGGAGCCCAAUAAAACAACAAUCCUCUUAGUGAAUCACUCCUCGAUAGCAGCCAUCAUAACGGAUUUGCUAUCCGCUUACUACCAGGUGAACCUUGAGCCCCCAGAGCAUUCUUCAGAGCCACUUGAAACCUCUAGUCUCUCAUCAUCAACACUUAACGAUUCCGAGUCCCCAGAAACGGGCCUCCCAUCUCCACCCCCUAAAAGAAGAAGACUGGAGAAGGCAAGGGACGCCUCUUCAACGGACGAAGACAAGGAAAACCUGGCGCAAAAUCCCGGAACUAUCCCAGGAGUCACUCGCCCUGGACCAUCGAUAGGUGUAGCUCCCCCCGAGGCGCUCCCAGAUGUCUCCCUGGACGUCGGCGUCCCUGAAAUGCCGCCAGGAGUUACUCCCUCGGAUAAAGUCCCAAUGACACAAUUGCUAGAAGUGAAUCUAGGGGAGGACUUCGACAUUGAUGAGAUCGACGCUCUUCCCACCCUGGAUGACGAGCAACUGCGGGUUCUUGAAAAAACCCUAGCGUCACCCCCUGAGAACUCCUCUAAUGUUCAGAUUACUGCGUCGCAGUGGAGUAAAGGACACUUGCCCUUCAAUUUACCCGGGAAAACCGACGUUUCCAUCGUGUGUACAACCGCUGGUACUCCAGCAUCAAGUAUCAAAGGAAGCUCCUCGAAUAAUCCAGAAGCCAAUAGAAUGGGUUUUCAAAGAUUCUCGAAGGACAUGAGGCCCACGCUGGUUCGAGACAAUCCUCCGCUGAAUCUCGUGGAGCUAGCAAAAUUGCUGACUGAGAAGUGGAAGGGUCUGACACCAGGGGAGAGAGAGCAUUAUCGAGAGGUUGGAAUGCAGGAGGCGGCAUCGCGGGUGAAAGCGUCACAGCAUCAAGUGAAAAUCCCGAAGGCGAAGGACUCGGAGGAAACGAAGAAAAGGAUGUUGAAGCUGCUGGACAAUAUGAAGACGAAGGGCUCGAAGGAGAAGGCGAAUCUGGUGAGGACUAUCGUUCCUUGGAAGGCGGAUAUGCAGACCCUGACGAAGGCUUUCAGGGGCAGGAGAGGUGCGUGCAGGCAGAUGGUGGUGGGGAAGGUUGGAGACGAGGUGUGGAUUGCUCGGACUAAUAUGCAGCUCUGGAGCUUGGACGUGGAGAGGCUGUUUGAGGGCUUGAAGCUGAGGGAAUAUGAGCGUGAAAAAACUCCAGAAUUCAUUGAGCAUUGUCUCCGGCAGUGGAUCAACGAGAACGACUCGAUGGAGUUGAUGCACCCAAUAUUCGAUUUUUCAACGUUCAAAGAACAUGAUUGAAAGCAUGAGGAACAUGUUUCUAUUAAUUUGCAACGGGUAACAUGAAUUGAUGAUGAAUAAAAUGGAUUAUGUUGCAUG